GAAGCUGUGGUUAAAAAGCUACAAGUGGGAUAACCCGAGCUACAAGAAAACCAAAUUCACGAAACUCUCUCUCUCUCUCUCUCUCUCUAGGGUUUUGAUCAGUAUCCAACUUGCUUUUGUUUUUCAUAAAUUUGGCUAUACUUUGGUACAGACCCAGAAAAGAAGGAUCAAGUACUGUUACCCAAGAGAAGAACGCCAAAACAAGCAAAAAGAAAAUAAGAAAAGAAAGAGUUACCAAGAAGAAAACUCUAUAUUUAUAUAAGUAGAAAAAGGGUAAGAAGCAGUUUUGGGAUAAUUAAGAUAUGGGGAGAGGAAGAGUGGAGCUGAAGAGGAUAGAGAACAAGAUAAACAGGCAGGUCACUUUUGCAAAGAGGAGGAAUGGGCUUCUCAAGAAAGCCUAUGAGCUUUCAGUUCUCUGUGAUGCUGAGGUUGCCCUUAUUAUCUUCUCCAGCCGUGGCAAACUCUAUGAGUUCUGUAGCAGCUCUAGCAUGCUCAAAACACUUGAAAGGUACCAAAAGUGCAGCUAUGGUGCAGUGGAAGUCAACAAACCUGCCAAAGAGCUUGAGCAGAGCAGCUAUAGGGAGUACCUGAGACUGAAAGCUAGGUUUGAAUCCUUACAACAAACUCAGAGAAACCUUCUUGGGGAAGACUUGGGCCCAUUAAACUCAAAUGAUCUUGAGAAGCUUGAGCGCCAACUGGAGUCGUCCUUGAAGCAAGUUAGGUCCAUUAAGACGCAAUAUAUGCUCGACCAGCUUUCUGAUCUCCAAAAUAAGGAACAAUUAUUAUUGGAUUCAAACAGAACUUUGACAAUAAAGCUGGAUGAGAUUUGUUCAAGAAAUCACCUUCGACAAACGUGGGAUCAAGGCGGUGAGCAAAGUAUCUCAUAUGGCCCUCAGAAUGCUCAGAUUCAGGGGUUUUUCCAGCCUUUAGAUUGCAAUCCCACGUUGCAGAUAGGGUAUAAUGCAUCAGGUUCAGACCAGAUAAAUGCAACAACUCAUGCCCAACAAGUCAAUGGUUUCAUCCCUGGAUGGAUGCUUUAAGUCUAUGUACCAAGCGCUUACCUGCUCUUGUAAUUUACCUACCAAGUAUAUGCUUCCUUGUGGUGGCAAUAUCUUAAUGCGCGCUUUGAUCAUCAGAAUUUGUAGCUUAUAUCGACAUAAAAACAGCAGUGACUGACUUUUUAAGCAUUAUAUAUAUAUAUGGAACCCUAGGCCACGAGCAAAAGCCAUGCAUGUAUGGAGUUUAUAAUGUGUUGAAAACCCAUUAGGGAGACCUGAUUAUUUGUUUUGGUUUUAAGACAGCUUACCAUAAGGCCAGCUACAGUGGUUUCAGUACCCAUACCUUUUGUUCUUCUGAAUUGUUAUUGUCAAUGUUCUGUGUUGAAAUUGAAGUAUCGAUCAUAUAUAUACUAUAGUGUUUUGCUCAA